AUGACAACAAUCUUCAAGAAUUGCCGUGUUUUUCCCUCGCAGCCCUGCGGCGCCUCUGUCAACGAGUUUGCCGAAUCCAUGGCCAUUGAGGGGAGCAAAAUCACUCACUUCGGCCCCCUUAGUGAGAUAAACUCGCCCAAUGAAGCCAGAGUAUUUGAUUUAGAGGGCCGAAUUGUCAUCCCGGGUUUCAUCGACGGCCAUGUGCAUCUCCUGCAAUUUGGCCAAUCUUUGGGCCGAGUCGAUCUUAUCGCCUGCAAGUCCCUGGACCAGAUCCGGAAGACUAUCAAAGCGCACGCCGACUCCCACCCGUCUGUCCCGCGCAUCCUAUGCCGCGGCUGGAUCCAAUCAUCCACUAACGGUAUCGCUUUGGCCAGCAUGUUAGAUGAUAUGGGUCCGCGCCCGAUCUAUAUAGAUGCCUUCGAUAUGCACUCCAUGUGGUGCAAUUCCGCAGCUCUCGAUGAAAUGGGGGCCCAUACGGCACCCGACCUUCCAGGUGGAAAGAUUUAUCGUGACGCGAAUGGAAGAGCGUCGGGCUUAAUCGAAGAAUCGGCAUUGGAGAACCUAGCAUGGCCAUAUCUUGCAAGCAUUACAUCUACCGAGGAUAAUCUGAACGCCUUAGACAAAGCCGUCGCUGCAUAUACUGCCAGCGGGUAUACAGGCGUUGUCGACAUGGCCAUGGAUGAAGGUACAUGGGAAAUUCUCAACUUAUAUCGCCGAAAUAAACCCAUCCCUUUCCAUAUCGCUGCUCACUGGUUGGUGCCGUUUUCUGGUGAUGAACAAGAUCAUUUCCGCUAUGUAGACCGGGCGAUCGAACUUCAGCAAAGAACCAUUCCAUCAGAUUUCUAUGUUACCGGUAUUAAAAUCAUCAGCGACGGUGUCGUCGAUGGGUGCACUGCCGCCAUGCGCCAGCCGUACACGGGAAAAUCCGACCCCGUUGAACCAAUCUGGCCCGCAGACAUGUUACGGGCCGUUGUCAAAAGGGCAGAUUCGGCUGGGCUACAGUGUGCAAUCCACGCUAUCGGUGACCAGGCUAUCAGCCAAGCUGUCAAUAUCCUGUCAGAAGCCGGCACCCCGGGUCGAAGGCACAGGAUUGAGCACCUAGAACUAGCAUCCUCCGAAGAUGCCAGAAGACUCGGUGAACUAGGAAUUACUGCAUCGAUCCAGCCAGUCCAUUCCGACCCAGCUCUCUUUAAAGCAUGGCCCAAUCUAAUAGGGCCUGAGCACUGCAAGCGCGCUUUCGCCUACAAAGAGUUUUUAGACGGCGGCGCUAAUGUUGCUCUCGGGACAGAUACGCCUACUGCACCUCACUUCCCUUUUCCAAAUCUGUAUAACGCCACCACGAGACGCUCAGCAACUGAACCUGAAACAACCCAGACUGUCAAUCCUCAUUUUGCGCUUAGCCUGGUUGAAGCUGUCACGGCAGCAACGGCGGGCGCGGCGUAUGCGCGGUUUGCGGAGUCAUGGGCUGGAAGCUUGAAGGAAGGGAUGAAUGCAGACUUCUUGGUAGUUGAUAUGGAAUUGACACCGGAGAAGCUGCUGGAAGGAAAAGUGUGCGAAACAUGGUACCGGGGAAAGAAAGUGUAUGAUUCGAAGGCAUAG